UAUACAUAUCUAUGCGUACAGCGAACUGCCUGUAGGUGGCUCGGCUGUUGUUGUCAUGGCAACCAGGCCUUGUGUUUUACGACAGGUCGUGUUCCGCGCUAUACGCAGCAGAAGCAGCGGUGCUCGACAGAUGGAUGCGCUGUUAAAACAUAGCUUCACCGUCGUGGAGGUUUAUCAGUCACCGGUCAUGGGAACAUCACAUUUACAUCUGCCUGCUUGUUAGUUAAGAACACACUGUGUAAUGCAACAUGCAGUCCUGCAGUUACCGGAAGAGUCCUGCCACCGGACCUUCCUGAACCCGGCGGUCCGUCAAACCCACCGAUGCCCGUCAUCCCCAUUCCACGGAGGGUUCGUUCCUUCCAUGGCCCUCACACCACCUGCAUGCACUCGGCCUGCGGGCCGGCUCGCACCGCCCAGCUCGUACGCACCAAGUACAACAACUUUGACCUCUACCUGAAGUCCCGAUGGAUGUAUAGUUUCGUCAGAUUUCUUCUUUAUUUCAGCUGCAGCCUUUUCACCUCCCUCCUGUGGGUGGCGCUCUCCGCCCUCUUCUGUCUGCAGUACGUCAGCGUACGAAUUUUUCUCCGACUGCAGUACAAGCUGUCUGUUAUUCUCCUGCUGUUGGGUCACCGUCGGCUUGACUUCGGCAUCCUCAAUGAUCUCUUCAUCUACAGCAUGCACAUCACCAUGUUUCUGAUCGGAGGGCUGGGAUGGUGUUUCAUGGUGUUUGUAGAUAUGUAAAGUUUGGAAUGAAUGACUUCUUCGGUCUUAUUAGUAAACCGUCCUUGAUCUGCUGUUUGACAAUGAAACUAGAUUGUGACAUAUGAAGCGUAUGUGUGGUGUGACACUCAACAUGUCCAUGGUUUCACCCCUUUGUGUGCAUGCAUGUGAUAUGUUUUCAGAAGUAUAUUUGUUGUAUUAAUGCUGCUCAUUAGAAAUAUAAUUUACCUUUUAUUGUCAAAAAAAAACAAACAUGUUAUCGUACGUUUUUGCAUGUGAUUAAAGAAAAAACUCAUUCAUAUGCUUUGGGUUUGAGAUGACAGAAAUCCUUGGCUAAUGGUCUGUUUCGGCUUACUCGUGGCUAUCGGACCAGAUUAUUUGUAUGGUGCCAACCACAGUCUGAUGGCUCUGUGUUGUAUUGGUGUGGUGUUAGUGGCUCCAGCCUGGCAUGAAACUGGAGUGAGUUAGUACAAUCUGCUAUUGUUUGAGGAUCAAGACAUCAUACGCCUCACACUUGGCCAAGCAUGGCCUUUUGUUCUGAAACUAAACGGACACCACACAGACGUCAUUGUAAAAGUCCACCCGCUGUAGACAUUGACCUGAUAAACUGAUUCAUCAUGUACAGUGACUGAAUGAUCGGACCGUCCCGUGUGUCUAAUGUGCCGUCUCUUAGAGAGAUGUGUAGAUGUAUUUCUGCUGGUGUGUGUUUAGAUGGUUGUGUGUGUGGCAUAGCACUGAUCAAUAGCCUCUCAGGAACAGCAUCAUAACACUAUGAAUAAAAAUACUGUAAAUAUUA